CCCAAAUUGGAAAGAAAAAGAAGGAAUACAACGUGCGCCGCAAAGAUUUUAUUUGAAAACAGUUGUAUUUGUCUGAAUUACUGGUCUAAAUAAAAGAUUUUAAAGCUAAAAAAUGAAACUUAGCACCUACAACUUCCUUACCUCGAUGGCCAUCAAGGGUGUGAAAGUUGGUUUCCCCCUGAAACUGACGAUAAACAAAAAAGAUGUGGUGGAAAGUGAGUUUAAUCCCACAUUUGUGGAGCGAAUUCUUCCAAAAUUGGACUGGUCAGCGGUUUAUGGAGCUGCUCAGGUGGCGGAACUCACAGAAGACAUACCCGCCGUGCAGCCGGAGAACAUUGGCGAGAAUGAGGUACUCCUUCAGAAGCUGCACCAUCUGCUCUUCGAGAUCGACGUGCUCGAGGGUCAACUGGAGUGCCCAGAAACAGGACGGGUGUUUCCCAUCACCGAUGGCAUACCCAACAUGCUCCUCAACGAGGACGAAGUCUAGAUCAACCCAUUAAUGUUUUUCUGUAACAUAAUUCCCUCUCCAAAACCACAUUAAUAUUAAGUAAGUUUGUUAGUUUUAAAGUCAGUUUAUUUACGAGUUACUAAAAAAUAAUUGGAGCUUGGAUGGAA